UUGAAGCAACAAAUUAGGAGCUCCCGCCGACCUUACUUAAAACGCCUAUAUCACUCAACUAGCCGAAAACAUCAACACAGAAGCCGGAUAAUUACGUCACCGCCGCCGCCGCCGCCGCUGAAUUCUCCGGUGAGUUCAGCUAAAAACUCUCAGUGAAUUAAUCCGCAACGAUGCUUCACGAAUUGCUAUUGGCACUCUUAGGUUACACUGGAGAUCUCAUAAUCGACGAGAGAGAACUCCAGGAAUCACUCCGCAUUAACUUAUCCCCCGCGGCGCCGCUCGCCGACGAGCCGACGUUUAGGCUCGCAUCCGAUCUUUCGUUCAUUGAACCUAGCGAUAGGCAGGUAAUUGAGAGGGUAAUUACCCUAGGUUUCUACUACAGGGAGCUAGAACGCUUUGCUGCUAAAUGUCGAAAUUUGAGUUGGAUCAGAUCUUCAAAUGAGUCUCCUUUGUCAAGAGCAACAGAGAGUUUAAAAGGGAAGAAAUUGAAGCCUAGUGUAUACAGGAGAGCAUUAGCUAAUGGAAUUGUUGAGGUGUUAACUAUUUAUAGGUCUGCUGUUUUACAAAUUGAGCAGAAAUUGUUGUCAGAUUCACUGCCCAUCUUGGCAACCGUGACACAAGGACUGAAUAAGUUCUUUGUUUUGCUGCCACCUCUUUACGAGCUCAUUUUGGAGAUUGAGCAUGACAAUAUUAGUGGAGGGAGACUUCUGAACCUCUUACAUAAACGAUGCCAUUGUGGGGUUCCUGAGCUGCAAACAUGCAUUCAGCGGCUUCUAUGGCAUGGGCAUCAGGUCAUGUACAAUCAACUUAUAUCAUGGAUGGUUUAUGGGAUUCUUCAUGACCAGUAUGGAGAAUUUUUCAUUAGUAGGCAAGAGGAUGCAGAUUCUGAACACAACUUGCAUGCAGAUACAAUUGAGAAAUUGUCUCGCUUGUCACCUAAUGAUGUAACUGAUUGGCAUAUAGGCUUCCAUAUUUCUCUGGAUAUGCUUCCUGAGUAUAUUCCGAUGCACAUUGCUGAAUCUAUACUAUUUGCUGGAAAAGCUAUCAGAGUUCUUCAAAAUCCAAGUCCUGUUGUCCAAUCCCAAGGCCAGCACAUACAAAAAGGAUCACAAAGGAUUCAAGGGUCUAUAGGAAGGCUUCAUCUACUGAAGGACUCCUCUCUCCAGACUAUACUGGCAGGAGUAGAAUUAGUUCCACAAUCUGAGGCAGACAAAAUCGAGGCCAUGCUUCAAAAUUUGAAGGAGUCAUCUGAGUUCCAUAAGAGAUCAUUUGAGACUGCUGUCGACUCAAUUAAAGCAAUUGCAGCAAAUCAUCUUUGGCAGCUUGUUGUUGUGCGUGCUGACCUUAAUGGCCACUUGAAAGCUCUCAAAGAUUAUUUCCUUUUAGCAAAAGGCGAUUUUUUUCAGAGUUUUCUUGAGGAGAGUCGGGUGCUGAUGCGUUUACCACCUCGUCAAUCAACUGCUGAAGCUGAUCUUAUGGUUCCUUUUCAACUGGCUGCAUUAAAGACUAUUGCGGAAGAGGAUAAAUAUUUCUCCAGAGUGUCUUUGCGAAUGCCAGGAAUCACAGUGAAAUCCUCUCAUGUUGAGUUGCCAAAAGCAAAAGCAUAUUCUGAUGGAGACUUGGGUAUCCAGUCAGAUGCUUCUGCAGAGAUGUCAAUUGAUGGCUGGGAUGGCAUUGCCCUUGAAUACUCAGUUGACUGGCCCUUACAGCUGUUCUUCACGCAGGAGGUGCUUUCCAAGUAUCUUAGGAUCUUUCAGUACUUACUUCGUUUAAAGCGAACUCAGAUGGAAUUGGAGAAGUCAUGGGCUUCUGCAAUGCAUCAAGAUCACUGUGAUUUCGCCAAACAUCACACUGGAGGUAAAACCAAUUCAAUAUCACAACAGAAACGGCAACGCUUUAGACCAAUGUGGCGUAUCAGAGAACAUAUGGCCUUCCUGAUCCGAAAUCUUCAAUUCUAUAUACAGGUGGAUGUAAUAGAGUCUCAGUGGAACGUCUUGCAAGCUCAUAUUCAAAAUUCUCACGAUUUUACAGAACUGGUGGGCUUCCACCAAGAGUAUUUAUCUGCACUAAUUUCACAGUCUUUCUUGGACAUUGGUUCUGUGUCUCGUAUUCUGGAUGGCAUAAUGAAACUGUGCGUCCAGUUUUGCUGGAAGAUUGAGAACCAAGAGAAUAAAGAAAGCCCCACUGAAUUGGAACACAUAGCUGAGGAAUUUAAUAAGAAGUCAAAUUCAUUGUACACUAUACUCCGCAGCAGCAGGAUUGCUGGGAGUCAGCGAGCCCCAUUUCUUAGGCGCUUUCUUUUGCGACUCAACUUCAAUUCCUUCUUUGAGACUACUGCUAGAGGGGUACUGAACGUUGUAAGACCUCGUCCAUCACUUGCUUCUGCAAUGAUUUAGGCUUCUUCACGUCUUGCGAGUACAUCCUUUUACGUGACAAAUCAAAGGUUCCGUAUCUCUUCAUUCAAGCUUCGUUUUGCAAAUCGAAGUCUGGUAAGUGCGUGACCUACUGUAAAUUCGAGUGAGUACGCCUUGUCUUAAUGCAUUUCUGAUGGUUAGUAGCAUUUGUGUCCCCUGGCUUCUGGGCCAGUUUCCUCAAUAUCUAUUUGAAUAUUAGUUGAGCUGUGUUUUAAUUUUUUUUGUGAUAUGUUUGUACAUAAGUGGUAUACUAUAUUUCUUUCACUGUGUAGAUUGAUUACUAAGCCCGACAAGUAGUACCAUGUUUGAUUGAAUUUGAACUUUUUAA